AUGUUCUCAAAAUUGCCUAUAGAAUGUCUUUUAGAGAUAUUAAAAUCGCUAAACACACAUAAUGACUUAUAUCAAUGUAUCUUUGUAAACCGAGCAUGGUGCAGUGCUGCCAUACCACUAAUCUGGAGUGAUCCUUGGCAACAUGUUUAUGAAUAUUAUGACCAUGAGGAAGAAUUAGAGGAGGACCUACCGGAAAUGUUGCUUUCAACUUUUAUUUCAUGUCUGUCUGAAGAAGACCGUAACUUUUUAAUUGAAUCCGGGGUAAUUUUAAUGGAUUGGAUGAAAAAAGGAACAUGCUUUGAUUAUCCAACCUUUUUAAGACAUCUCAACCUUAAUGAUAUUAGUUAUGGUGCUAAAAGAUUCAUUUCGAAUAACUUUGGAAAAUAUGAUUUGAAUUUAACCAAUUUUCUCAUUGAGAAAAUUGGGAGUUUAUCCGUGAAAAAAGUUAAAAGACUUGAUUUACUUGGAUUUAUUGAUCGGUUUAAUCUGAUUACCACUCCUUAUGUCGAUUAUUCAUCUGUUAUGUUAAAGUUUCUGCCUGAGGCGACAAACGCUUUCGAAUACAUUAGAAAAUUCGUCUUUAAAGGAGAUAUUAAAUCCGAAUUCUUAUAUGGCCUAGCAAAUCGUUGUAGAACGAUUGAAGAUUUGGAAAUUCACGAUAUCUUUAAGGAUGAUGAUGCUUUGGCAUAUCUUAUACGAUCUCAAAAAUCAUUACGUAGUUUCUAUCUAGAAGCUACAAAAAAGAAAACUUUUGAAAUUACUAGUAUUCAAAAUGCUUUUAUAGGUAUUGACUCAUUGAUUUGCCUUCGAAUGAAGCACAAAUUAUUUCCGUUAAAAUUUUUUAUAAAAUGUACUGGAUUACAAAAAUUACAUUUGGAAUCUAUCAAUGAUGAUGUUCAGGAUAUGGAGAAAUUCGUUAACCAUGGUUUCCCGGAAUUAAAAAAUUUGCGAAUUCGUGUUAAAAAUAUUUCAAUUAAACAUAUCUCCUUAUUAAUCAAUAAUACGCGAGGACAUUUUGAUGAACUUUUUAUCUUUGGGAAAGUUAAAGACCCAGAAAAUGCUUUUAUUUUCCGUGACUCGCUUGUUAAAAAGUGCGUGAAUUUAUACAUUUUAAGCCUUGCUUUUCUAAAUAUAGAAAAUUUUAUUCCACCAUUACCCGUUUUUUUUAAAACUUUUAAAAAUCUUAAAUAUCUUGAUUUGAUGUUGUCCAUUUCCGAGAAUCAACGUAAUAUUGGUGCCGAUUUGGUUGAGAUCGCUCCGUAUAUUCAAAAAAAACUAGGUUAUAUUCAUUUUCCGAAAAAUUGGUAUUGUGAUAAGGAGUCAAGUAAGAAAUUUUUUAAUAUUUUAGACAGAAAAGAUUUGGUUAUUAUGAUGCGUUAG